GCAGCCGGGGGGGCGGGGGGCGCUGAGGGGUUGGCGGCGGCGGCGGCGGCGGCCUCGGAGCCGGGGAAGUUUGGGCGGCCGCGGGCCGUGCUGCGCUCGGGAGCCGGGCUGAAGCCGGAGGACCAGGGGGCGCGCGAACCGGCCUCCGGACAUCCCCCGGGCCCGCUGCCACCGUCUCGCGUCCUCGCCUGUGCUUGCAGCCCCGUGGCCUGGAGACUGCGCUCGCCUUGGAAAUAAGCGCAGAAAUAAUAAACACGCUGGCGGCGGGUACCACACCCUGGCUGUGGCUUAGGGAGCCCGGAGAGCAGAUGGAUGAUGCGAUUGAGUGCAAAUGAGCCGCCGGUGCCGCCUGGCCCUGCGCCACAGCUCGGAGGCGGUAGUAUCCGAGUGAAUGAACCUGCCCCGGAGCUUGCAGCUCGUCCCCGGGAGCUCGGCUGCUGCGGAGAGCGCCGCUCGGCGUGUAGCAUCCUCCGACCCAGGCCACGACCUCAGGGAAAAAGUGUUUAAGCUUUUAAAAUGUCAUCUAUCAAGCACUUAGUUUAUGCAGUUAUUCGUUUCUUGCGGGAACAAAGUCAGAUGGAUGCUUAUACUUCAGAUGAACAAGAAAGUUUGGAAGUUGCAAUUCAGUGCUUGGAGACAGUUUUUAAAAUCAGCCCAGAAGAUACCCAUCUAGCAGUUUCACAGCCUCUGACAGAAAUGUUCACCAAUUCCUUCUGUAAGAAUGACAUAAUGCCUCUCUCCAACUCAGUGCCUGAAGAUGUGGGAAAAGCUGACCAAUUAAAAGAUGAAGGCAAUAACCACAUGAAAGAAGAAAAUUAUGCUGCUGCCGUGGAUUGUUACACACAGGCAAUAGAACUGGAUCCAAAUAAUGCAGUUUAUUAUUGCAACAGGGCUGCUGCUCAGAGUAAAUUAGGUCACUACACAGAUGCAAUAAAGGAUUGUGAGAAAGCCAUAGCAAUUGAUUCAAAGUACAGCAAGGCCUAUGGGAGAAUGGGACUGGCCCUCACCGCCAUAAAUAAAUUCGAAGAAGCAGUUACAAGUUAUCAAAAGGCGUUAGAUCUUGACCCUGAAAAUGAUUCUUACAAGUCAAAUCUGAAAAUAGCAGAACAGAAGUUAAGAGAGGUAUCCAGUCCUACAGGAACUGGAUUGAGCUUUGACAUGGCUAGUUUAAUAAAUAAUCCAGCCUUCAUUAGUAUGGCAGCAAGUUUAAUGCAGAACCCUCAAGUUCAGCAGCUAAUGUCAGGAAUGAUGACAAAUGCUAUCGGGGGACCUGCUGCUGGAGUUGGGGGACUAACUGACCUGUCUAGCCUCAUCCAAGCGGGACAGCAGUUUGCUCAGCAGAUACAGCAACAGAAUCCUGAACUUAUAGAGCAACUCAGAAAUCACAUCCGGAGCAGAUCAUUCAGCAGCAGUACUGAAGAACAUUCGUGACUUGAUCAGGGACCCUAACCCAGAGCACAAAUGAUUAUGGCUCUUAAUUGUUUGCUGUAGAUAGUGGCCAAAACAAAGACAUGUAAAAGAAUCAAUCUGUCUAGACGAUAGGUUUAUCAUCCACAGACUUGAACAUAUAACAUGACUCCUUUGUAAAUGAAUGGUCAGUAGCCCUGUGGAAUGCCAGUAGAGUACUGGACAGGGUUCCAUUUUCAAAUCAUCAUCAUAUUUGUAUAUUAGACCUAAUAGCAGAGUAUACUUAUUGAACAGGAGGGCUGUUUAUGGGUGAGUUCUCUAGCUCUAAAUUCCCUGAAGCAAACUGUUUUUGAAAGAUGGCGAUGGCCAAGAAGAAAGGUUUCUCAUGCUGGUUUAGGAGAAGUAUCCUGGCCGCUGAACAGCAUGCAUGUCUGGAGAGGAGAAAUGUGUUGUUCAGAUUUCGUUUUGAUAGUGCUAUCAGGACUGAAUGUAGAUCACAGGGGCCGGUACUGUCUUUAAUGCUGCUUGUUCUGAUGGGGUAACAGGGAGUAAUCAGAGCUGGUGGAAAGAAGCAUUUGGUGCAAGGGUGGUUUUGAAAAGAAAAAUAAGAUGCUGUGAAUGUACAGAGUGAAGGUAGGAUGUUCAGGUUUUCUGCAUAGUUCUUAACUAAUCUUGCCUGCAGUUUGGUCUUGAUAACAUUAGCAUGGCCAAUUACUCUAAGUACAUAAUAAAAUACAUUUAGAAAUCCUUAAUGGUACUGUUUAGGCCCUUUGUAUAAACUACUCAAUUUAACUAGCACAAUUUCCCCAGUGGUGACUUUACCAUGGAAACUCUCAAAUAUACUUACAUUUAAAUAAGCCACUGUUUUGGCCCUCAAGUUAAGGAUUUUCUAAGUGGCAUUUAAUUAUGUGCAUAUACUGAUUUUUUUAAAACUCACUAAUUAUUUGAUGGAUUACAAAAAGCUUCUAUCACUAACACUGCUUGUUCAUGUAAACCUUUGCUGUAAUUUGGCUUAGCAUGUUGCUUUUAUGCUUAAUCUUAAUUUGAUGCAAUGUAAACAUAACGGGACUUAAAAUAUUUCACUGAAAUCAGAAUUCAUAGUAGUUAAUGAAGAAAUGUGGCAUUAAGUAUUAAUGGCAUGUCUUUACAGUGAUAAAAGACCAUUCUAACUGGAAUUUCUUUUGUUAAUUAUGAAAUUGGUAAAGUAGGGUGAACACAAUAAUUUCACAAGUGUUGUGACAGACAGCUGAAAAAGAAAUUAAUAUAAAAAGAAGUCAGUAAUACUCAUGAUGAUGAGGGGCCUUACUGUAACUAUUCUCUUCAAAAAACUUGGUAUCUCUAUAAGGUUAAAAACCAACUUUUCCUUUGUUUCCCCCCUUGUGAGAUUAGAACAGUGGUUCUGUAAUUUCACUGUAAGAAUUCAUUGAAAAUGCAGUUUCACAGCCACACUUUCAAUUUUUAUUUAGUAGUAAGGCCUAGGAAUCACCAUGUUAAAUAGCAUACCAGGUGGUUCUGACUUAGGUCUUAGGACUCUAAUUUAGAGCAAAGGUAAGUUAGAGAUUUCUCCUCAGACCAGCAAAUUCCUAACUGCCUGAGCACAAGACCCAUAAGAAUCUACAGUUCUGGCCAGAGAAGAGCAGGACUUAAAUUUUAGGCCUUCUGAAUUAAAUUUCCUGUAUUCCAUCUAAACCAACUUAAUUUUUCAUGAGGUUAAACUCAGCUCCUAGUGUUCAAGUGUUAUACAGAACGAAAUACUAUUCGCAUGAAAGUUAGUACUGUCCUAGAAAAAAAAAAACGUGAAAGGUGAUCCACAAUUAAAAAUUAGCUACUCUUGGGGUGCCUGGCUGGCUUAGUAGGUAGAGCAUGUAACCGGAUCUCAGGGUCAGGGGUUUAGGCUCCACAUUGGGCAUAGAGUUUGCUUAAUUUAAAAAAAAAAAAAAAAAGGCUACUCUUUUCCAGUGAUAAGACAAAGUUUCUAGCAAAACUAUCUUAUAUAUUAAAUUGCUUUUAGAUCAAUAAAAUUGGUAAAUCUGUAGGUGACUGACUGGAAAGAGAGAAAAUACAAAUCAACAGUACCACAAGAGAAAGAGAGGACAGCACCAUAGCCUUCGAGACUUUAACAGGAUAAUCAGAAAAUACAAUGACCAACUCUAGGUCCAUAUAUUGAAUAACUUACAUGAAACAGAUGAAUUCCCUCUAAGAUAAAAACUACCAAAGUGCAGUGAAGAAAUAGACAUCCUGCAGGAGAGCAAGCUUCAGGCCCAGAGGACUUCAGUGGUAAAUUCUACCAAACACAGGAGAAAUACUAUCAAUUCGACACUAUUUCUUUCAGAAAACAGAAGAGGAGGAAACACUUUCCAAAGCAUUUAGCUAUUAUUACUCUGAUACCAAAAUCAGACAAAGGCAUUAUAAGAAAAAACACUUUUUAAAACAAUGUCUUGAUUUGCCAAUAUCUCUAGUUGGGGUACGCCAUCCUUUUUAUGCGAAGAGCUGGUAUAGUCCUUCCAUUACAAAUUUCUCGUUUGUUUCUUGGUUGAUACACCACCUAUAACAAGUUCAUUCUAGGCAUUUGUCAUUCUAUUCAAGCCAUUUUUGCUCUUCAAAUACCUUUAUCAUUUUGGAAUCACAACUGCAAAUCAUUUCAAGAAAAGUGUAUGCAUUUGGAUUGUGCUAGCUACUCUUAAAAUUAUAAGGACUGUCCCAAAUACUUUGCUGGCUUGUUUGGAACAAGAGGACAUUAAGGCAAUGUACUAGAAUGUAAUUCUAGAAUUUGGUAUACAUUCUGUUUAGGAAUGACUGGCUUCUGUUAACCACAUUUCAUUGUAGUAGCUAUAGCUGUUAUGAUGCUAUGUGAAACUUAAAAGGUUCCUUUUAUGAGGAAGACGUUUUCAUUUAAUGUACCAAAUUGUUUAUCUAAUUUUUAUAAUAUGGUUUAAACAGAUCCUUUCUAAGAUGACAUUAUCUAACCUUUACUUAAAGAAUGGAGGAUGUGUAUCAAAAAGAGACUUUGUAAUUAAAUCAAAUUACAUAG